AUGGCUAGGACAGUGGCGGUGUUGGUGUGGGUGCUGGUCAUAGUGGUGGUGGUGGCGGGUGCGAUGGCGAUAGAGCCACAGUGCCCCCCGAAAAAGCUUUUACCUUGCAAUCCAGCGGUCAAGAAAGUUAAGGAGCCCUCGGCGUUGUGUUGCUCGAACCUCCGGGCGCAAGAAGGAUGCCUCUGCCUAUACUUGCACGAUCCGAGGUACCAGCGCUACUUCGGGGGCGCCGAUGCCGGCAAGACAAUCACCUCCUGUGGCAUCCCCCUUCCAUAUUGUUUAUCAACUACAAAUAUAUAG